GGGGCCGAGCGCGCUCCCCGCCUAGCGCCUCCGGGGCGACGCCCAGGCCGGGGGCGGGCCAGGCCGGCUUGCCCCACUUGGGGGGGCUUUUCCUUCCUCUUCACCUUCGUGUGGCGCUGGUGAAUUCACCCAGGGUCCGGCAUGACGAUCCGACACCAGGGCCAGCAGUACAGGCCGAGGAUGGCAUUUCUCCAGAAGAUUGAAGCGUUGGUGAAAGACAUGCAGAACCCAGACACAGGGGUCAGAAUGCAGAACCAGAGGGUCCUGGUCACCAGUGUCCCUCACGCCAUGACAGGAGGUGAUGUUCUGCAGUGGAUUGUCCAGCGUCUUUGGAUCUCCAAUUUGGAGGCCCAGAACUUGGGCAACUUUAUUGUCAAAUACGGGUACAUCUACCCUCUGCAAGACCCCAAGAAUCUCAUUCUCAAGCCUGACAGCAGCCUCUACCGAUUUCAGACACCCUAUUUUUGGCCCACUCAGCAGUGGCCAGCAGAAGACACAGAUUAUGCCAUCUAUCUCGCCAAGCGAAAUAUCAAGAAGAAGGGGAUUUUAGAAGAAUAUGAAAAGGAGAAUUACAAUUUCUUGAACAAAAAAAUUAACUACAAGUGGGACUUUGUCAUUAUGCAGGCCAAAGAGCAGUACAGGACUGGAAAGGAAAGGAACAAGGCUGAUCGGUACGCACUGGAUUGCCAGGAAAAAGCCUACUGGCUGGUGCACCGGAGCCCGCCAGGAAUGAACGAUGUGCUGGACUAUGGCCUGGAUCGAGUGACCAAUCCAAAUGAAGUUAAGAAACAAACAAUCCCUGCUGUCAGAAAAGAGAUCAUGUAUUACCAGCAGGCCUUGAUGCGGUCCACAGUGAAGUCGUCCGUGUCUCUCGGAGGGAUUGUCAAGUACAGCGAGCAGUUCUUGUCCAACGAUGCCAUCAUGUCGGGCUGUCUCCCCAGCAACCCCUGGAUAACGGAUGACACCCAGUUCUGGGAUUUAAAUGCCAAGUUGGUGGAAAUCCCCACCAAGAUGCGGGUGGAAAGAUGGGCCUUUAACUUCAGUGAACUGAUCCGGGACCCUAAGGGCCGACAGAGCUUCCAGUACUUUCUCAAGAAAGAAUUCAGUGGGGAGAAUCUGGGAUUCUGGGAAGCCUGUGAGGACCUGAAGUAUGGAGACCAGUCCAAGGUCAAGGAGAAGGCAGAGGAGAUCUACAAGCUGUUCCUGGCCCCCGGGGCCAGACGGUGGAUCAACAUUGAUGGGAAGACUAUGGACAUCACGGUGAAGGGGCUGAGGCACCCCCACCGCUACGUGCUGGACGCAGCGCAGACCCACAUUUACAUGCUCAUGAAGAAGGAUUCGUAUGCUCGCUAUUUAAAAUCUCCAAUCUAUAAGGAAAUGCUGGCCAAGGCUAUCGAACCUCAGGAAACCACCAAGAGAAGCUCCAGCCUUCCGUUCAUGCGCCGUCACCUACGGUCCAGCCCGAGCCCUGUCAUCCUGAGACAACUAGAAGAGGAGGCAAAAGCUCGAGAAGCAGCCAACACGGUGGACAUCACCCAGCCAGGCCAGCACAUGGCUCCCAGCCCCCACCUGGCUGUGUACACGGGGACCUGCGUGCCUCCCUCUCCUUCCGGCCCCUUCUCCCCCUCCUGCCGCUCCCCCCGGAGGCCUUUCCCCUCGCCCAGCCGCUUCAUCAGGAGGCCCAGCACUGCCAUCUGCCCCUCGCCCAUUCGAGGGGCCUUGGAGAGCUCUUCGGGCUUGGAGCCCAAGGGGGAAGCCAGCUGGUCUGGUGUCCACGGCGAGAGCAGCGAGGCCCCCAUCGAUGGCCCGGGGUCCCUCAGCCAGGCCAGGGCCCCUCCUAAGGCCCGGCCAGCCCUGUCCCUCAGCAGGUUUCUGAGGCGAGGUUGCUUGGCUUCUCCGGUUUUUGCCAGGCUCUCACCCAAGUGCCCAGCUGUGUCCCAUGGGAAGGUGCAGCCCCUCGGGGACGUGGGCCAGCAGCUGCCGAGGCUGAAACCCAAGAAGGUAGCAAACUUUUUCCAGAUCAAAAUGGAUGUGCCUACAGAGAGUGGCCCCUGCCUAGUGGACUCGGACGACGCUGGGACAGGGGCGUCUAGUGACCGGGCAACAGAAAACGAGGUCAUCUGUCCCUGGGAGAGCCUGGCAGAGGGCAAGUCUGGCUGAGCUGGGGCUGCAGGCCACGCACGUCUUCCUGGAAGACCCUGACAGAUGGGGCCACGGAGCACACGCGCUCUCAAACCAAAGUGCAUUAGAA